AUGGAGCCAACCUCGGAUAAUAGCAGUUGCCAUGAGCAGUACACUGUCUCUCCUGGAGCUCCUACAACAACUGCGAUCAUGUUUUCCCUCGGCGUCCUUGGGAACGUGGUGGCCUUAAUUCUGUUGGAAAUACGGCGGAGGAAGCAAUCCGCUUCCUUGUUCCAAGUCCUGGUCACAUCUUUGGUCUUCACAGAUUUGCUGGGGACUUUCUCACUCAGUCCUGUGGUUUUAACCGCAUACGUGAGGAAUAAAUCUUUGCUCGGGAUGAGUGAAAAGCGUUUGGUUUGCGGACACUUUGGAUUCUCAAUCACUUUUUUCAGUAUGGUCACUCUCGCCAUUCUUCUCUUCAUGGCAGUGGAGCGCUGGCUCUCCAUCGGACAUCCUUACUGUUACGAGAAGCGCAUGAGUAAACGCUGCGGGUACAUCACCAUCGCGCUCAUAUACCUGCUGUGCGCUCUUUUCAGCGGCUCACCUUUCCUCGGUUUUGGGAAGUUUGUUCAGUACUGUCCCGGAACGUGGUGCUUCAUUGACAUGCAGCCGAGUGAGAGCGAGCACAAAGUGUUCAAUAUCAUCUACGCGUCUUGUUUGCUCCUCAUGAUAGUGUUCACGGUUUUGUGCAACGCGUCCGUCAUCUAUCAUCUUUCCCUCAUGUACCGAAGACGCAAGGCGCAGCGGGGCUCCGUCCCGCAGCAGAGAGGACACAAGAGGCAUCGGUCCAUCGCGAAGGAGGUUGAACAUCUGGUGCUGCUCGGGUUCAUGACAAUAGCAUUCGUCAUCUGCUCUCUUCCUCUCGUGAUUCAAGUGUACUUCCACAACCUAGAACGUCACAAAAAUAAUCGCAUACCCCUUCUUUUAUUAUCGGCCAACCCCAUCAUAGACCCCUGGGUCUUCAUCAUCCUCAGUCCCCCAAUACCUCGUCUCCUCUGGGACAAGAUGUGCAAGACGACACAGUUCAAACCCACGCAGGAGAAGGUCUAUAGCAUCCCUCCAGUCCUGUAUCAGUCAAAGCCACCUGGAGAUUCAGAAGGAGGCGGCGUGGUGGAAGUAUACACAGGGAUUCCUGGAACUGCUGGCUCCUGAUCUCUAAAGCCUCUUUUUGUUUGUGGGAAAGAUUGUGGAGUGAUUGCUCACUCAUAUAAUGAAAAUAACAGAGACUGAAGAUCCACGUCACUGGAUAACUGAACAGAUGGAUCUAAGACCUGAGGAUGAAAAUGAUGGGUGCUGCUGCACCUAUAACAUCAUGGAGAAUAUAACAGAGUAUAUACUCUUUUUUUUUAGCAGAGUAAACUUAUUUAUUGACUUUAUUUAUGGAGAGUAAAACAUUUUUGUACAUCGGAAGGAAAAUAAGUGUUUCUUUAUCAGCAGGAAAUCUAAUGGUAAAUCUAAAUAAAUAUUUACAGGCUGAAAUGAAGAGCUGUAUACUUCCUGUUUCAACUGCUUGGGGAAUGCAGUUGACAUUCUUUGUGUGGCUUCACGCCUUAUCAGUUUUGUUUUCUGCAUUUUGUUGCAAAUGUAUGCAGGACUGAAUCAUGUCAUAGUAAGUCAGUUCAUUUUGAAAGAGCCCAACAGCUUGACUGAACGUUGCAAAAGUCCCAUGACUAAAGUCAUUUAGAGGGAAGAUGAAGCAGACUUA